CACGCUCUUCAUCAGUCAAGCUGAAAAAUAAUUAGUUCCUUGUAACAGCUCCUGACGGCAAUGUCUCAGAUUAUCCUGAGGUGAUUAUUUAAUUCACUAAAUGAGACAUUUGUUAUUCCUGUACAUAGCAUCCUGUUUGAAAGUAGCUGUUUCAGACAUCUUUGAAACAAGGUUGGUCAGGGCAUAUCUUGAUUGUUGUAAUUGGUCAGUUACAAAAAUCUCACACAAAACAAUUCCCUAUUAAUGGUUAUUACAUUGUAUAUAUAGUAUUACAAUGUCAAUCAGAAAGGUAUAUUAUUAGAGGUAGAUUUUCGUCCCUUAGAUGUCUAGGGUAUGAGGGACAAGCAAUUAGAAAAUAAACAGGGCCAAAAACAAGAAUACCAUAGGAUGCGUUUUAAAUUAAACAACUGUAGGUUAAACACAAAACGCCCCUCCCAAAACGGAAGGAGAAAAAUAAAACACAAGAGAGCACUAAACAAGGAACAAUGUCCUUGACUCCAUACCGGAACUUCUUAACAACUCCAACACUGCACACUGCGUCCACGCUACCUCCACACAGUUUGUCCACACAGUCACUUUCCUAAAAUGUUGCCUCCUGAUGCCAUUCUGACCAUGAGGUGACGAAGUGAGUGUGACGCAGCUGCUUUGACGUCACCAGUUACGGCGUCAGUUCACGGUGAGAUGAGUGACGAUGCACACCAUUGGCUGCUCGCUGAGGAAAACAGGGCUGCGCCUCUAAAGGACAUAUCGCAGUGUGCGUGCACGGAGGGAAAAAGAACAUGUCAACGUGCACAUAGAGUGACACCGCACACGCUCCCGAGCGGUCUGUGAUGACACCGGGCUACUGUCAGACACUAUCCACUUCCUAACCCUUUAACCAUGGCAACAGGAAGAAAAGGCUCUACGUCCAAAGCGGCUGGCGUGCAUUUCCCUGAUGAUAACGGGCCCCCUGACUCUCCAACACGCAGAGAUGACCAGUCAAACCUCUCCACUCUCAUUGCUAUUCAAGAAAAGGAUGGCAUCUACCUUGUCAAGGCUGGUUUCCUGAAGAGCCACCACUGUUAUGAGAUUGUCUUCAGUGUUCCAGAUGUACCCACACUGGGCAAAGAGCUCCUCUGUCUCCCCACCUCUUCUCCGACCCGGAAGUCUUCCAGCCUCCGUGUCCAUCACAUCAACUCCUCACUGGAGGGAGUAAAGGUAACAUGUGAGUACAGGACUCACCAGGAGGGGGUGCUGCAGGAAGAGGUGAAUCUGGUUACCAGAGGGAGAAAAGCCUUCAGUCUGAAGGUCAGACUCCAGGCCAGAAUCAUCGAUCCACAUCAUGGGACUCCCAUGCUGCUGGAGGGGGUGAGGUGCCUGGGUGCUCAGAGAGACGCUCACUCAAAACACAGCAGUGAUCAUAAGAGGAUAUGAUUUACACGGUGUAUAUACAAGUACAGCUUACCUAGAAUUGGGAAAUAUGUGCCCUGUUUUUAUUUUGUAAUUCAAGUUCUCAAAAGAAUGAAGAAUGCUGAUUUAUUUUUUAGACAAUUGCUUGACAAUAAGUUUUCUCUGCAAAGAGUGUAAAUAACACAAGCCGGCAUUGAAAAAAGGUUUGGCAAUAUACCCAUGAUGCCUCUGUUGUUGGAGAGAUAUGGUUAACCAGCAGGGAACAAAUACACCUCCCUCCCGAUACAAACACACAAACACAUGCACAUUCACAAACACAAACAAUACAAAUGAGUAGUUUGUCAGAUUUAAAGUUCAUUUAAAUAGUCCAAAUACUGCCCCAGUAUUUUAACUAUUUGUACCCGUACCAUAAAGAACACAGCAGUACAUUGUCAGUGUACACCAGUAGGAGAGAACGGGGUAAUGUGAGACAUCCUAUAAUGUGAGACACCCCCUGUAUCUAGGCAACGGUACACAUUUGUGGUCACGUGACCAUUAUGUUUUUGAGCCCCUCCCAUUCCCCACUUGCCAUGAAGGAGAAGUUGGUGCCGGUGCUGUGGUAAUUACGUUUUUUUACAAAAAUGUGUUUUUUGCAUGUAAAAGUAAAUUUUCUUGCUUUGAACUUAAUCAAUUGUUGUGUCAAAACAAAUUGAUUCAAGUAGAACAACUUAUAUCAUACAUGUUAAUGAACUUCUAACAUAUAAAACCAUGUGAUUGAUGCUAGCUGAAGAUUAGCCUGAAUUGCUAAGAGAUGUUGUUUUUUCUAAAGUGUUGGCUGUGGGGUAAAGUGAGACAAAUGCUGUGGGGUAAAGUGAGACAUGAAGCAGAAGUUAAGUUUAGUCUUAAACAUAUUUUAGUGUUAUAUUACAUUAUAUAUGUUUUAUUUUUAAUGUCAUAAACAUUGUAUAAAAGCCAUCAUGCCAAGAAACUACACCAGGAAGACAACCUGGGGCCAAACACCCCUCGCAAAGAUGGAGAGUGCAGCCGCUGAGGUCAUGCAAGGAAAGAAGUCCUUAAGAAAAGCUGGAAGGGAUCGAAAUAUUGACAAGACAACCCUCAAAAGAUUCAUAAAGAAAAAAGAGAAAGGGAAAGUAAAAUCAGUAGCCUGGGGUGCAGUAGCUGAGGCAAAGACAAUAUUCAAAGAUGAGAUGGAGGAGCUUGCCAAACACUUGAAACAACUAGCUGACCAGUUCCAUGGCCUUGCUCCAGUUAAGUGCCGUGAACUGGCAUUUGAAUACGCAGAGAAAAACAAUAUCCCUGUCCCUAACAAUUGGACAGAGAAACAAUGUGCAGGUAAGCUAGGGUGUGCAAGAUAUCACAUGAAUCAUAAUAAUCAUAAAUGUGCUUAAUUGACCAAUCCCCAUGGUUCUGUUUCUAGUCCGAUAUUAGUUUAGAAAUGUGUGGUUGUCAAUCUAGCUGUCAGGAUUUAAACUAUUACAACAUGUGUUGUUAUGGUAGUUUUAAAGUGGAAAAGGUAAGUGGAUCACUUUACCCCCUUGAUUUCUCUGGUCUGUCUCACUUUACCCCGUAGCUGGGGUAAAGUGAGACACAAAACCACUUUUUAAAAAACAAUCAUAUUUUCACUGCCCUUUGUCCUGAAGACAUUCUGAUAAUUUCCAUUGCUAGGAAACAUCCUGAAUUAAUGGGAAAUGUGUAAAUCUUACUGAUAUAUAAUUUUAGCUCGCCUACAGGGGAGCAAAUGUAAAAAAUGUCUCACAUUACCGCGCUCUCCCCUACCUUAUGGUUAUGGUGCUGUACUUAAUCUUAUGUGAUCUUGAGUAGAUCUGAUCAAAGCUCGUCACCCCUCUAACGGCUUCAGGAACAGGCCUGGGGUCACCCACAUGUCUCCUAUCUUCCCUGAGACAGUUUGGUGAUUGCACCUCUCAACUGCACCAGUGCAAUUCUUGUUAUACUACUGAUACUGUUAAUCAUGUGAGGACUGUUGAUUCAAGUUUAGUGACAAGUGUUUAGCUGUGGUCACUUGCUUGAAGGCACUUUGGCAGCAGUGAUAGUGUUUGCAAUAAGAGUCACUUGUGCUGUGCAGCUUUUUUAACCGACCCCCGCUUAUGUACUUAUGUACUUUAUUUUUAACUGUGGUUGCCAUCUAAAAACUGUAUAAUAUAAUAUAAAUAACCUUUGCAUCACAGAGGAUUUGAAAAUGGACAUAGAUACAGACAUUAAGCGUGGAUAAAUCAAAUUAAAUCUACAAAGGGAAUUAGGUCUUGAGCAAUUUUUCGAAGGUGUCCACAGAUCUCUAAUCCUUUAGGAGUGAGUUUAGGAGCCAUACUCUCAAAAUUCCAGUUUCCUUCAGUUUUAGACCUCAUUCAAGAUUUCAGAAACAAACCGUACAGACCUGGUGAUAACAGGGCUGCAGCGAUGUAGACCAUAGACAACUCUACAGGGGGAUCGCAAGAACACUGAAUUGGAAACUGAAAUCAAUGGGAAGCCAGUGAAGAGUAUUUUGAAAGGGUGCCUGGACAAGCAGAUAUUUGGACAACUUGCACAUGAUCCAGGGAUGAUUUGCCAAGGCAGGUGAGGGGGAAGAUGCAAUAGUCAACAUGGAACAAUAUAAGAGCAUGCAUUCACAUUUUCAUCCUCACUUGAGACACAAUGGGCCUGAGCUUUGCAAUGUUUCUCAGCACUUUACGUGUUCGUCCAAAGAUAGAGUGUGGUUCAUAGUAGCACCUACAUUUAUUUAAGGCCCACAAUCCAUCAUAUAAGAGACAACACUAGGAGAGGCAGAUGUUAGUACUGGUAUAUGUAUUAACACAAUGAUACUAUUAUAAAUGUGUUGUUUUGGGAAUAAAAUAUCUGCUAAAAAAAUA